UUGCCUCAGACCACCCCUUUUCUUCACCCUCAAACUUCCAUUACACAUGCAUACACACUAUAAGUAUGACCUGAAUUCCGAUUACCAAUCCCAAAUUAUACACUCAAACCGAUUUUCAUCGACUCAACUUAUUUCAUAUCUUUAGUCUUGUGUGUUAUUCAUCAUUUCUCUAUCUCAAACAAAUGGCCUCUGAUCAGCAAGAGCAUUUGGUUGAUCAGCGUCAGCCAGAAGGGCAAGAACAACCGGCUGUCGCUAAAAUGCCAGUGACUGCUCCUUCUAGAUAUUCCAGCAGAGUCAUCUUGAAAACCAUACUAAACCGUAAUGAUAAUGGCCUUGGAUUGGCUGGUGAAAGGCUUGUGAUUGGAGGCUGGGUUAAGUCCUCUAAGGAACUCACAAAAGAAGAACCUGUUAAAACUUCAGAUGCACUUGUGAAUGCUGGGACUCCCACAGAUUUUACAUGUGCUGAAGUUAUUCAAUCACGCAUACCAUUUCUUCGGACAAUCAUCAAAGUCUUUGGAGGACAAGGUAAUAAUGUUCACGACAAGCUGCAUCCCUUCAUGGCUAAACUCCCACAACCUAAGAUCGUAUACCUGCAAAUCAGCGAUGGUUCAUGUGUGCAAACUCUUCAGAUUGUGGUGCACUCCUCUCUUGUCCCUCCAAGCCAGAUAAUGUUCACCGGAACGUGUGUACUAGUUGAAGGCAUAUUGCAGCAGUCAUCUGUAAAGGGGAAACGUGUAAUCGAGCUCAAAGCAGAGAGAAUCUUACAUGUAGGAACAGUUGAUCAUGCUAAGUACCCUUUAUCAAGGAAGCGUAUACCAGUGGAUGAAUUGAGGGAUCAUGCACACUUCAGAGCUAGAACAACCACGGUGGCAUCCGUUAUGAGAAUUCGUAAUGCACUGAGUCAUGCAACUCGCACAUUCUUCCACAACAAUCGGUUCCUCAAUGUUGAGGUGCCGAUAAUUACUGCAACAGAUUCUGAAGGAUCAAGUGAGAAGUUUUAUGUGACAACCCUUUCGGGACAUCAGACUAAGAUGAAGAAUCCCAUUAGUAUGGAUGACGCAGCAAGUGUCACUCUUCGGUCUGUUAAGGCUUCUAUUGCGGAGAAACAUAGACAAGUUGAAGAACUCAUGAGGACUGGUAGCAAUAAGGAAGCUGUUGCUGCUGCACUUCAGGAUAUCCGCAAAACGGAUGAUUUGGCUCAUCAAUUAGAAGCCAGAGAAAGAUUAAGGGCUGAUCAUGCUAAUGCUAAGACCAAUGAACCUAAUGUUUCAAAUGAUUUCUUUCCUUGUGAAACUUAUUCAACGGUGUCUGGCCGUCUUCAUUUGGAGAGCUAUGCAUGUGCCCUAGGAAAUGUUUACUCAUUCGGCCCUAGAUUUCGUGCAGAAAGAUCAGAGUCUAAAAAGUCCUUACCCGAGAUGUCAAUGGUCGAGCUUGAAAUGGCAUUCUCACAAUUAGAGGAUGCCGUGAAUUGUGCUACUGACGUUCUGAAGUUUCUCUGUGCAUGGGUUCUGGAACACUGUUCUGAAGAUCUAAUGUUUGUCUCGAAAAGACUGGACAGUACUAUUCUGGACCGCCUUCAGUCCAUAGCUGUAGGUUCAUUCGAAAAAAUUUCCUAUGCAGAGGCUAUUAAUAAUCUAAAGAAGGAUACUGGAAGGAAAUUUGAUGUAAAGAUUGACCAUGGCAUUCCCCUAAGUGAAGAGCUUCAAUGUUAUAUAGCUGAUGAGAUCUACAAAAGACCAGUGAUUAUAUACAAUUACCCGAAAGAGCAUAAGCCAUUUUAUGUGCGAGUGAAUGAUGACGGGAAAACAGCUGCAGCUUUUGAUUUGAUUGUACCAAAGGUCGGAACUCUGAUCAGAGGUAGUCAAAACGAGGAGCGUUUCAAUAUGUUAGAGUCAAGGAUCAAAGAGUUGAACUUACCGAAGAAUCAGUAUGAGUGGUACUUGGAUCUUCGCAGGCAUGGUACUGCCAGAACCUCCGGCUUCAGUCUUGUGUUCGACCUCCUAGUUCUACAGGCCACUGGCCUCAAUGAUGUCAGAGAUGUCAUUCCUUUUCCGCGGAGCUUUGGCAAAGCCUGCAACUGAUGAUCCUAAUGUAAUUAUCCGCUUCAAGUCUAUACUGUAAAUACUGAAUAAGAUACUACUCAAGUGAAAUAAUAUAUAGAAGUUUCUCCAGAGCUACAAUUACACUUAUACA